GACGAGCUCUCGAGCGCGUUGACGGACUUCAUAACGACGCACCUGGACACAUUACAGUGCUACGCCAAGGCGGCGCUCGCGUUCAAGGGUGGUCCGCGAUACAUGAACAAUCCCCCAAGACAACUGGAAAUCGUCCUGGAAUGCCGCCACACCCGCGGAUGCUCCCUCGACCCCGCGUCCACGUUCGAGAUCGUGGAUUCGCGAUGGGAGACCAUCGCGGAGUACACAAGCACGCCGCUCGGCGCGCUCAACUGGCGGAGAUCUGCGGGCAGCCGGGAGGGCGCUCAGCGCGAGUACGGCCACGACCCGCGGUUCGCAGGCAUGCUGUCCGUGAAAGUCGUCGUGUGGGGCUUCACUCCGACGUCCGGUGGCUUCUUCCCGCAGUACCGCCGGUCCGCACCAUUCCUCAAGGAUCUCCAUGUCUCGGCCGAGGAUAUCCGCAAGAUGCUGGCGGACGUGCUCGUCCUCUGUGUCGGCAGCAUUCGACUCGGGCUUCCGCUGCAGCCCAUCCAAACACCGCAAGGGGUCUCCUUUGCUGCUGUGCCGGGUCUGCUCGUCCGUAGUACGAACAAGAGGUGGAAUUGGGAGCCGCUCUUGAGGAAUUGGGAAGCGUACCUCGAGGGUUCUCGAGGGAUCGAGAAGGUGGAUGAGUGGAUUGGCGAUCCAGCCCUUCAGUCCGGGAGGCCAUUCGAACAGCUUUUGAAGCUCAUUCGCGAGUUGUGA